UGUGCUUGUGUUUUCUGUCUGUUAGUGUUCAGAGCAGACCUUCAGCAGUGCUUGUGACUAUAGCUUUGUGUUUUUCUUUAUUUUUUCGUCAUUCCUUCCUGGGAAUAGCUUUUCUGCAGUUCCUGUUUAAGAGCAGACAUGUCCAGAAAACAGAAGUGGCAAGAAAAUAUGCAUAUUCAACCAAAUGCUGUUAAAUCAAACCAGAGGAGGAGGAGGAGAGAGCCCACACACCCCACGGUCCUAAAGCCUGGCCUACCUAAGCAUACAGAAACUGACAGAGGUCACACAGCUAAUUUCACCACCACCAGUACCGGCAGUGUUAUUGGAACUGGCAUGAACACCAUUAGCAGUGGUGGUGGAGGACCCAGCAGCAGCAUCAGGAAGACCAGCAUCAGUUGUAUAGCAUGUAGCACUGAGAACAAUAGUGACGUAGCUAGUGGUUGUAGUAAUAGUAAUAGCAUUAGAGGUGGAGGUGCUGGUGUUCACAGUGCAAGAAGCAGUGUAGGCAUUAGCUGUAGCAUUAAAGGAAGUAAUGGUAUUUUAAGUAGUGGAGGUGGAAGUGGAGCUGUUUCCACUAGCAUGGGCCCCAAAGGCAACAGUAGUAGUGUUAUUGAAGGCUGUAGUAACAACAGAAGGGACACUGGCUGCAGCACAAGUAGCACCACCUCAUUGGGGAGUGGGCUACAGGAAGCGGAGGCGGAGCAUAACAAGAGAGGAGGGGUCCUGCUGGAGAGCAUCAGCAACGCUAGCUCCCCCUGCACAUCCACAGUCAGCUCCUGCCUCUCUUCACCACUCAGCCAGCUGCCUGAUCUCUCCAGCACCAAUGACCUCAAGGCUCGGGAAGGCAUAGAGAGUGGAUACUCUUCUCUGGAGAAGACGAGAUCCGAUGCUGAGGAGAUACAGACGAGCUGUGACCCACAUUACAGGAGGUCUCAAGUGCUUGAACAGUUUGAGAAUCAAAAUGGUACCCUUUCUCAUUCCAAUGAAGGGUAUUCCCCUUCUUCCUCAUCCUCUUCUUCUUCUACUUUGGAACGUGAUCAUGACCAAAGGGCAAGCCGCAGUGAGGCACAGGUGCUGGAUCACGGUCAUGAAACUUCUGGCAUUACAAGAAACUCUACCUCUUCCACCACGCGACGCUCCAAAUCACUGGAGCGCAAUCUGGCAGAACACACUUCUGCGCCUGACCUACUGAAUUUUAAAAAGGGAUGGAUGACACGGCUGGGAGAAGAUGGAAAGUGGAGGAAGCAUUGGUUUGUUCUCACUGAACAGACUUUAAGAUUCUACCGGGACUCCGUUGCUGAAGAGGCUGCUGAUGUGGAUGGCGAGAUAAAUCUCUCCACUUGUUUUGACAUCACAGACUUUCCUGUGCAGAGGAACUAUGGCUUUCAGAUUCAUACUAAAGAUGGUGUUUUUACACUCUGUGCAAUGACUUAUGGGAUACGUCGAAACUGGAUUCAGGCAGUGAUGAAGAAUGUUCGGCCUGUUGUCCCUCCAGAUGUUGCAAGGAAAAAUGCAUCUAAAAAAUCCAGCUCCGCCCCACAAAAGGCACCUUUAAAUUCUGCACCUGGACCUAAAAGUCACUCCUCUUCAAACACGUCAUGUUCAGAGGUGGAGAAGCGGAGUCGCAUCAGUGAACGCCGUAAAGAGGGUCGUUACAAAACCUUUGACUGGGCAGAGUUUCGUCACAGGCAGCAGAAAAGGGAGGAAUCGAACAGGCAGUUCCAGAGGGGAUCAGAAGUAGCCUGUUUACCUCCGGCACCUGCAUCGUCUCCAGAGGAACCUGGUGCAAUGGUGCUAAGCGAGGAACCCACAGAAAGAGGGAUGCCUUACAAUCAGCAAAGAAAACUUUAUUUACAGACUUCGCAAAUGAUAGCAUCCACUGACACACCUACUAAUUCAUUGUCACACACUGAUGCAUCUAUUAGUGUUGUUUCUGAAGAGAAUGGUCAGAAGAGGAUCGUUGACAGUGUGGGGGGUUUCGGUGACAUUUCAAAGAUGCAAGUGGAAACUAUAAAGAAACCUGAAGAAGAGACAAGACUCAAGGCCACCUCAGGAUCAUCAUCAUCCUUUCCCUCAUCCUCAGUCCAGACAGAGUGGGACUGGGAGGAAGAGCUUCAGACCCUUCGCAGUGAACUGAAGGCAGAGCAAGAACGAAGUGAGAGGGAGGUGAGUGAGCUCCAGCUCUCUGAGGCCCAUCUGCAGACUGAGUUGAAGAAUGGUCAGGACCACAUACAGGAAAUGGAAUCAAGACUGCAAAGUGCAGAGGCCACUUUGCAAGAGAAGGACGAGGCUCUUGAGGAACUGCGUUGCCAUUUGGAAGAUGUAACCGGGCGUCUGAAAGCUACAGAAGAGGCACAGGCUCUGAAAGAUGUCCGCAUAGAGAGACACCUGCGCCUCCUCCAGGAAAGCCAGGAGAGGGAACGAAGGAGCCUCAGCGAUAGCCUUGACCAUGCCGAGAAGCGUGGGAAGGAACUGGAGGAGCGUCUGCAGCAGAUGGAAGCAGAGCUGAAAAACACCCCAGUGGGGAGCGCAGCGCAGGACCUGGAGAGGAGGUGCCAGGAGUUGCAGAACCAGCUUGAAGAGUCAGACAGCGAGGUUGCUCGAAUGCAGGCACGACUCCGGAAUGAGGAGACGCUGUAUUAUAAUAUGGAGCACGACUAUGAGCAAGUGUGCGAGGAGCUAGAGUGUGCUCGUGGUGCUCUACAGAAUUGCGAGACAAUGUGUGAGGAUCGCUACAGAGCCCAACUAGAGCAGCAACAGCGGGAGAUCAACAGGAAGGAGCAGGAGCUGCAAGAAAUGCUUGUGAAAAUGGCUGCCUUGGGCACCAGUUUGGAAGAGACUGAACGCAGGCUGAAAGAAGCUCAGAGUCAUCUUCAGAAGGUUAAUGUCUCUCGAGACAGGCCGACUGGGGGAGAAGAACUUCUUGGCAGUUCAGAUUUUGCGCAGAAGGUCAAAAACAAUAGGUUAAAUGGAACAGACAUGCAAGCAGUAGCUCCAAGGGAAGAAUCGGAGAGAGUGAUUUCAGUGAUACAAGCAUUGGAGAGCAAGUUGUGUAACACAGAAGAAAGGCUCAGAGAGAUCACCAUGCAGCUACAACGACAGCAACAAGUUCGUGCUUUUAAUGGUGAAAGUCCACGGAAAAGGAGUAAAUCCACAGAGUCAUUGACUUCUGAAGUUGCUUUUGAUAACCUAGACGUAAAUCAGUGCAGUCAAGCUUUGCAGUGCUUGCAGGGGAUCAUGUGGGAGAGGACUGCUGCCAAUACCAAUGGUAGUGCUGUCACUAAUGGAAUGAUUGAUUUCCAAGAUGACUUUCAAGAAGCGAGUGAGAGUUCAGAGAGGCAUUUAACCCUAAGCAUGGCCAGCAGGAUUUUGUCCCUAGAGACACUGGUCAUCCAGAGAAUGGCUUCUGCAAUCGAGCGCCCGAGUAGGGAGCUUCUCCGGAAACUCUCUGAACUGCAAGUCCAGGCUCAGGCAAUGGCUCAGAAUCUAGCUCAAGAUGAGAGCCAUGAAAAGACAGUGUCAGGGGACUAUUCGCAGUUCCUUUCAUGCUUCCAAGAAUUGGAUGAGACAAGUGGGUUCACACUGGGCCAGACUGAGAUCUGCAACUUGUGUGUGAGAGCGGAAUUGGCAUACCUUACAUACACUCUCCACACUCGCAACUCGCAAGAGGAACAGCAGGGAUCGGACACUUGGCCUGUGCCUGAGGUCACACCACCUGGCACUAGAAGGGAAAUGGGCUCAAAGCCAAAUUUCAAGCUUGCCGACAUAUACCCACCUGAGCUCGCUCCGUACAGCGAGCAGAUCCCAAAUACCCAAGAGGAAGAGUUCUCCGUAGGGGAUAUGGAACUUGAGUGCAAAGGGUAUGAGAGCCUUGCGACGGAGCUGCGUCAGCAGGCACAGGCUCUUCAGGCCCUCUCUGUCCAGUUGCAGCCUGAGGAUGGUGAUGUAGACUUGCUGCCGGAGUUUUCGCCAGCUAUCAUGCAAACCAUCCUGUCCCGGGCAACUCUGGCCUAUGUGACAAGUCGCUUGCGUUUGGCUUUGCAGCAAGAAAUGCGCAUCCUGCGGGAGCAACGGGAGCGGGCCAUGUGCGAGUGCCGUGCCGUGUGCCGCAGCAUGGAAGCUCUCUUUCAAGAGCAGACAGAGCGCUACGAGGAGAAGCUGCGCGAAGGUCGUGUGGUUAUUGAAAUGGCCGAGCUGGGCCGCGUCUCUGCAGAGACCGAUGCCCAGAUAAGGGGACAGGAGGUGCAGCGUCUGGAGACGGAGUUUGAAGAGAAACUCCAGGAGCUUCAGAAGAUUCAUGAGGAGGAGAUGACUCGACUCCAUGGGUACUACACCCAGAGCAGGUCACAGGUGAUGACUCCUUCAGACUCCAGUGAUGUAGACGAGAAUGUUUGUGGGAGCGCUUUGAAAAGACGCAUCAGAGAGCUGGAGGAUCAGGUUAGCUGCUUGGAAGAUGAACUUCGCAGUGGAGAUGCAAACUCCCUGAGGCAGGCAUAUGAACAGGAGCUGGAGACCCUGAAGGCUACUUGUGAGCUUGGCUUCAGCAGCAUGGAGCAGAGCCAUCAGCGGGUGAUUGAGGAGAUGCAGCGGCAGCACCACAUAGAGGUGGAUCGGCUGACAGAGGAGAGAGAGAAAGUACUGCAGGAAGAAACCAAUGCCACCAUUGCAGCUAUCGAUGCCAUGCGGAAGGCUCAUAAGGAAGAGCUGGAGAAAAGUCAAAAAGCCCAGCAGAGCGGAGCCAACACAGAUAUAAGCAAGCUGCGGGCCCAGUUUGAUGAGGAGCUGGAGUCGUUACACAGGGAGCUGGAGGUGUUGUCAGAGCAAUAUUCUCAGAAGUGUCUGGAGAAUGCUCACCUGAGCCGAAAAAUAGAGACGGAGAGACAGGCUCUGAGUUCUACUGAGAGAGAGAACCAGGAGCUCCACAUACACAACCAGGAGCUGAAUAAACGCUUGGUAGCUGAGCUUUCCCUAAUGCAAUCCUAUAUGAAUGGAGGAGUGGAUCAUGCCCAGCUCCCUCAGGGCAAAGACAUUUAUCAGCUAGAGGUGACUCUGAGAGUAAAGGAAUCUGAAAUCCAGUGUCUGAGGCAGGAGAUCAGCUCACUGAAGGAGGAGCUGCAGGCUGCAAACAGACAAUCUAAAGAGCUUCUGAAAGAGCUGAGUGCUUUAGGAGUCAAAAGUCAGAGUGACUGUACUAAACGAAGAGCUGAUCCUUACAGUCUACAGGGCUACACAUACGAUCUGAUGAAGACCAGGAGUAAUCCUGAGUUUAUGAGGGAACGCUCUAAACGAAAGCAAGCAAGCAGAUCCAAGAGUCUAAGGGAUGGUCUCUCAGCUCAGGAGAGAAUAAAGCUUUUUGAAUCAGAAGACAAUAGAAAGAUUUAACUGCGUGCCAGUGUGUGUGUGUGUGCUUGUGUGUGUGUGUGUGUGUGUGUGCGUGUGUGUGUUUGUAUUCACUUUUCAUGUCUGUCUCUCUUAUCGUGUUUUAUUGAGGUUUUAAAUUGUAAUAUAUUUAUUACACAAUAGUGAAUGGUUUGUAAUUUGUAUGCUUCCGUGUUUACUGAUGGGCUUUGUCCCAGGCCUGUCCAUUAACAGGACAGCCUCUUCUUUGAUCGGUUACUGUAUAUGCAGGAAUUAAUAUUUGUUGUAUGUUUUCUUGUUUACUUUGUUUACUGUGUUUUAGAUCUUGACAAAUGCUGGACUUACUUUGUGAAUAAAAAAAACUAA